AGGUGGCGGGCGUGUCCUGCACGCUCUCUCCCUCUGCCCACACCAUCUCCUAUAUCACCUCUCUCUCUAUAUAUAUAUAUUUAUAUAUCAGCAGAGCACAAUGGUGCUCAAUGUGAAGUGUUUGUGAAACUUGAUCCCUGUUGUAAAGAGUCACUUAUAUUAGACAAGAAUUAUGAAGCACAAAUUAUCGUUUAGAGAAUAAAUAGUUCAACAAGUGUGUGUUGUGUGGUGCUAACUUGAUGAGGUGUAGGUGCUGGUGGAUGAUCAUGGAUGACGUGAACACGUCCACAACCCUCCUGGCCCUUCUGGCCCUGCUGGCCUCCUGUACUGAGGUGGUUGAGGGCCUCCACAUCACCAAGGUGCACGUCCCGACGCCCGUGGCCGUGGGGGAAGGCGGAGUGCUCGAGUGUGAGUUCGUGGACGAGGGUGAGAGCAUCUACGCCCUCAAGUGGUACCUGGGCCUGGACGAGUUCUACCGGUGGACGCCGGCCGAGACCCCGCAGGUGAAGACCUUCCCUGUGAGGGGCGACCCCCUGGCCGUCGACACCGGCGCCUCCCACAGGGGCAGGGUCAAGGUGUAUGACGUCACUCUCGGCGCCUCGGGGGUCUUCCGCUGUGAGGUGUCGGCUGAAGCCCCUGACUUCCACACGGAGUCUGACGUCGCCACCAUGGUUGUUGUGGACCUGCCUGACGAGGACCCGCGACUGAGCCGCAGCAGCCUGAGCCACCAGCUGCACGAGGCCGUCUCCGUCAACUGCUCGUCCACGCGGUCACAGCCGCCAGCUGCCCUCACCUUCUACGUCAACCAGGAGCUGGCGGACCCGGGAUGGCUGAUCCCGUACCCGCCCCAGGAGGACCCGGAGACGGGCCUGGAGACCGCGGUCCUUGGCCUCCGCUUCCCCCUGCGGCCAAGACUACUGCAGGGAGGAGCCGUCUCGGUCAAGUGCACGGCGUCCAUCUUUGACCUCUACUGGGCCAGCACCGAGGCGCUCAUACCCGCCGACCUUCCUUACCACGCCUCCAUCAUGGAGGGCCGGGCUGCUGCUGGCCGAGGAUGGUGUGCGAGGGUCUCGAACCUGGCCAGGGUGCUGACGGCGAGUGUGCUGCUCCUGACGCUGUAGGUAACCCCUGGCCCACAGUCCACACCUUCCUGGGGAGGACGGCAGUCUUGGGGAGAGCCUGGAGGUCCGGGGCCCAUCCCUGGCCCGGCCCAUCCCCAGCCCGGCCCAGCCCUGGCCCGGCCCAUCCCCGGCCCGCCCAGCCCUGGCCCGUGGUCACCUCUACCCCUCUGGGCAGCGAGGCCCCAUGGACCGCUGGACAGGCUCUAAUGACAGUGUGGACGACAUGAUGCGCAGUGCACAGGCGGAGGACGAGCAGGCAGCUUGCACAGGCAGAGGUCGGGCUGGCAGCCGACACGGUGAACUGAAGCUAAAUUUAAUGGAAAUGAAGAUACUCCUGGGGACAGAAACGUAUGUAAAGUUUUAACUGAAACUUCAUGCCGUCUAUGAGGGCCGGAUGAGAAGUGUUGUAAACGUGUCUAACGUGGCACGACCCUACAUGUCAGGCGCUCCUCACCCACGGUGCUCCGUGGAGUCACCUCACAGUGGCACCUGGACCAUUACUGAGACGUGUUCCGUUGUUGACAAGUGUUCAGGAGACUUGGUCCCCGCUGGCUGACACGCUCCCCGAGACGCCCAAGGCAAAGACCUAAUAUAAUGUCCUGGAAGCUGGCAGUGUAUAUUGUCCUGGAAGCAGUCAGUGUAUAUUGUCCACGAACGUGUCAGUGUAUAUUGUCCACGAACGUGUCAGUGUAUAUUGUCCACGAACGUUAUCAGCGAACGUUAUCCUGGAAACAUAAAGAUUGUAGCCAUAUUUUUACUUAAAACUCUUCCCUCUUUUGAUAUGGUGCGAGUGGUGUGAUAUAAUGUUUAUAUCAAUAUGUGUUAUAUCAAUAUAAAGAUAUCAUGUUUUAACUCUUCAGAAUCUGUCUUUCUUGUGUGUUGCUUUGUGUGUUUUAGUCAACAUAAAAAUGUAUUGAUAGAGAAUGUUGACCACUUUACCAAGCACGUCGGCAGUAUUGACUUCAGGUAAUAUCCAGCUUGACGGUCAAGAUCAUGUAUGUUGACGGACCUGCUUGACAGUCAUUAUUAUUGGUAAGCUGGCGCAUUGACGGACGGACAGGCUUGACUUAGGGUCAAGCUGACGGUCAGGGUGACGGUCAGGGUGACAGUCAGGGUGACGGUCAGGGUGACGGUCAGGGUGACGGUCAGGGUGACGGUCAGGGUGACGGUCAGGGUGACGGUCAGGGUGACGGUCAGGGUGACGGUCAGGGUGACGGUCAGGGUGACAGGGUGACGGUCAGGGUGACGGCCAGGGUGACGGUCAGGGUGACGGUCAGGGUGACGGUCAGGGUGACGGCCAGGGUGACAGUCAGGGUGACGGUCAGGGUGACGGUCAGGGUGACGGUCAGGGUGACGGGCAGGGUGACGCUGUAAAUAAAUAUGUUUGCUAGAUAUAUCCAACAAAUUUAACGUAAACAUCAAUAAACCUGUAACGCAGAGCCAACGUUCCACCAGGUUGUGUUGACCUGAGCCAACGUUCCACCAGGUUGUGUUGACCAGAGCCAACGUUCCCCAGGUUGUGUUGACCAGAGUCAAUGUUCCACCAGGUUGUGUUGACCAGAGCCAACGUUCCACCAGGUUGUGUUGACCAGUGCCAACGUUCCCCAGGUUGUGUUGACCAGAGCCAACGUUCCACCAGGUUGUGUUGACCAGAGCCAAUGUUCCACCAGGUUGUGUUGAUCAGAACCAACGUUCACCAGGUUGUGUUGACCAGAGCCAAUGUUCCACCAGGUUGUGUUGACCAGAGCCAACGUUCCCCAAGGUUGUGUUGACCAGAGCCAAUGUUCCACCAGGUUGUGUUGACCAGAGCCAAUGUUCCACCAGGUUGUGUUGACCAGAGCCAAUGUUCCACCAGGUUGUGUUGACCAGAGCCAAUGUUCCACCAGGUUGUGUUGACCAGAGCCAACGUUCCCCAAGGUUGUGUUGACCAGAGCCAAUGUUCCACCAGGUUGUGUUGACCAGAGCCAAUGUUCCACCAGGUUGUGUUGACCAGUGCCAAUGUUCCACCAGGUUGUGUUGACCAGAGCCAAUGUUCCACCAGGUUGUGUUGACCAGAGCCAAUGUUCCACCAGGUUGUGUUGACCAGAGCCAAUGUUCCACCAGGUUGUGUUGACCAGAGCCAAUGUUCCACCAGGUUGUGUUGACCAGAGGCAACGUUCCCCAAGGUUGUGUUGACCAGAGGCAACGUUCCACCAGGUUGUGUUGACCAGAGCCAACGUUCCCCAGGUUGUGUUGACCAGAGCCAAUGUUCCACCAGGUUGUGUUGACCAGCGUCUGGUUUGAUGGAAACUAAAUAAAUUACAAGAACUUGGAGUUUUUUUAAAUUUCGUUGGACUAAAAUAUUUGUAAUUAUAGAUUAUGACUACAGUUUAAAUGUAUCAAUGACAAAACUAGAGGGAAAAGUCGAUGUAUUUUUAAAGCUUAUGAAAUUAAAAUCAUUAUCUCGAAAUGUUAAAAAAAUUGGUGUUGUUUUCGAGGCCAGUUGAGGAUGAUGUGACGUAGUUGGUUAAACACCGUUGACUGUGGCCAGCUGCUGGUUGGGUGACCGCUCGGAGAGAAUACUGGCCUAACUAGGCAGUCACCUAGUUUGCUAACAGCCAACGUGUCUAAGUUUGUGGUGAAACAUGUGUAAAAACUUCUGUUAAUUACCUAAUAAAGAUAAAUUUCUU